AUGGCCCGGUUUCAAUACAACAGCGCGGUCGAAGCAUUCCGUGACCAGGAAUACCCAAUGCUGCAAGACUCCAUAUAUCUGGAUCAUGCCGGGACCACGCUGUGCUCAAAGUCUCUAAUGGACUCGUUUGCGCAAGAGAUGACAUCGGUUCUCUAUGGAAAUCCACACUCCGGGUCAUUGCCGUCGCAGCAUUCCACAUCAAAGAUUGACGAAAUACGGGUACGGCUUCUGAAAUUCUUCAAAGCCGAUCCCGAACAAUAUGAUUUGGUGUUUGUGGCGAAUGCAACUGCUGGCGUGAAGUUGGUGGUUGAGGGCAUGAGAUCCUUGCCAGAAGGUUAUGUCUUUGCCCAUCACCAAGCCUGCCAUACCAGCGUCGUUGGGGCAAGAGAAGAAGCGCAUCAAAGCACCUGCCUCGACGACACUGGAGUUCAAUCUUGGCUAGACGGUGAAAGUCCAUUUAAGCCAAUGGCAUCUGGCAACUGUACAACGUUAUUCGCAUACACAGCUCAGUCUCAUAUGGACGGCAGGAGAUAUCCCCUAUCAUGGGCCAAGAAGCUGAAGGAUAGUCAGACUCAACCAUCGCCUCGGAUACUGACACUCUUAGACGCGGCUUCACUCAGCGCCACUUCACAACUCGACCUUUCACAUCCCAACUUUGGUGCGGAUUUUGUUGUUUUAAGUUUAUAUAAGAUUUUUGGAUUUCCUGACUUGGGCGUUCUCCUUGUCCGGCGUUCUGCGGAGUCUAUAUUCAACCAUCGAAAAUAUUUUGGCGGAGGCACGGUGGACCUGGUGGUCUGUGGAGACGAACCGUGGCAUGCUCGGAAGUCUUUAUCUCUUCAUGAGCGUCUUGAAGACGGGACACUACCAUUCCACAAUAUCAUUGCCGCUGGCAUAGCAAUAUCAACUCAUCAACGGCUUUUUGGCUCCAUGGAGCAAAUCAGUUCUCACACAGCAUAUCUAAGUCGUGAACUCUACCGUGGGCUGCACGAUCUACGGCACGCGAAUGGGAACCCUGUUUGUCAUAUCUAUUCAGAUAUACCCGAUGAUACGACGCUAUUUGAUACUGGGCCAGUUAUUUCUUUUAAUAUUCAAGACAGUCGUGGUUUAUGGGUUGGACUUGUUGAAUUUGAGAAGCUGGCCAUCUUGAAGAAAAUGCAUUUAAGGACAGGGGGUGUGUGCAGCCCUGCUGGGAUUGCUUCUGCUCUCGAUCUACAACCGUGGGAAAUGAAACGAAAUCUUUCUGCUGGAAUUCGAUGCGGCGAAGACAGUGGCCGAUUUAUUAACAAACCUACUGGCAUUAUACGCGCCAGUCUAGGCGCAAUGAGCACGAAAUCGGAUGUAUCUCAAUUCCUGGCUUUUAUGAAAGAGUUUUUUGUGGAGGAACGGUUAAUGACUCAGAUCCAUCCUCCGUCGAAAGCUCUUGGUCCGUCGUCAAAGCUUCGGGUCAAAACUAUCACCGUAUAUCCAAUCAAGAGCUGUAGCGGCUAUGUUAUUCCACCUGGAGUUCGUUGGGAAGUGCGGCCAGAGGGGCUAGCUUGGGAUAGAGAGUGGUGCUUGGUUCACCGAGGCUCAGGACUAGCUCUGAGCCAAAAGAGAUAUCCGCAAAUGGCUCUAUUGCAGCCUUUGCUACUCUUUGAGGAGAAGGUGCUCCGCGUGAAAUAUCGUGGAAGCGCGCCGAAUGGGCAGCCGACAUAUGUGGAUAUACCGCUAUCCAACGACCCAUCUCUCUUUGACAAAAACUUCCGCCAAACAAGCUCUAGAGUUUGCGGAGAAAAUAUCUCAGCACAAGCCUACCUCUCUGAGGACAUCAAUGACUUUUUUACCGACUCUCUUGGGAUUCCAUGCGUGCUAGCAAGAUUUCCAGCAGGAGGCCGGGGAGCCAGUAGCAGGCUCUCUAAGGCUCGGAUGCAGAAGCAUCAGCAGACAGAAAGUACUCAAAGCUGCCAGUACCCUUCUUUUCCUGGUGUUCCCUCCCCCCCUGAUUCGGAUUCAGAGCAGCAGAGCCAGCCGGGGAAGAUUCUUUUAUCCAAUGAGAGCCCAAUUCUCAUGAUAAGUACGUCUAGCGUGGAAUCGCUCAAUCAGAGCAUCAUGAAGACUGGGGGAUCAGCUGUGGAGGAAGCAGUAUUUCGGGCGAAUAUCGUGAUUGAGACUUGGCCAGGCCAACAAAGCUGGCCUGCUUAUUCAGAAGACAUGUGGAGGAUGGUUAGUAUCGGAGACCACGGCUUCAAACUCCUGGGAGCCUGCCAGAGAUGUCACAUGGUAUGCGUGGAUCAAAACACUGGCGAGAGAAGGCAGGAACCGUUCGUAACGCUUGCAAAAACGAGGCGUCUGAACGGCAAGGUUUAUUUUGGUACACAUAUGCGGCAUGAACCUACAGAGCGAUACGACGAGUUAGAUGCUCGGAGGCCCACAGUACAAGUUGGAGAUGUUGUAGCCGUGGAGGAAGAGGCGCCUGAUACGUGCCGCGAACGACGAUAG